AUGUCACACCAGUUAGCAAUGAUCCCACAACCCCAAAGUGUUCUAAGGAAAGACAAGUACGAGAAGAAGCUCCUAUGGUACUAUUGCGACGUUGCCUACGAAGGAGCCCAGGCUACCAAGGAUGAGGAAGAGCUUGUUCGUGAUACGACGAUAUGUGAUGGUGCCCCCGUCACUGAUGUGCCGUUCGGUUUGGGCUCGGCCUUGCCGAACCUGGACUCUGAAGAGGAAGAUGACGACGAUGAUGAAGAUGACGAGGAUGAUGAAGAGGAGGACGAAGAGCCAGAAGAGCCCAAGAAAAAGUUGGCCCGAAAGAAAAGCAAGGAGUCGCAACAUCAGGAGGAUCCCGACGAGGCUACUUGCUGUCCGCAAAUAGCUUUCAAUGUGAAAGCCGCGAACCUGCAAAAGCAGAUCGAUGAGCUCGGCAGCAAGCACGACGAACUCGCGGAUAUGAAGUCUGCUUAUGAUUGUGAAGAGAAGAUUGAUUUCUCGAUGCCCGACAGCAAGAAACCUCGCUAA